AUUAAUGUAGCUGAUUACAAUAGGAAGUAUAAUGAGCUUAAGGAAAAGUACGCAAAAAGUUUGAUAGAUAUAUGGACUGAGAACACAGAUCCACUGAAAUUCAUAUUUGAAGACAUUGGUAUUGCUGCAUAUUUACUGUUAGUUUGGGAGAAGUACGAUAAGAAGGCGAAAGAUGGAGUGGAUGGGCGUCAAUGUUUUGUGGAUGUUGGCUGUGGGAAUGGUUUAUUGGUUUAUAUUCUCAAUUCGGAAGGGUACAGAGGUUACGGGGUUGAUAUAAGGAGCAGAAAGAUUUGGACUCAUUUAAAGCCAAAUGCUGAUUUACGGGUUCAGACGGUUGUGCCAACAGAUAGUAACCUGUUUGAAGAUGCCAGAUGGCUGAUUGGCAAUCACAGUGACGAGUUGACUCCUUGGAUUCCUGUCAUGGCCGCCAGAUCAAAAAAUAAAAAGUGCCAGUAUUUCCUAAUCCCGUGCUGUCCGUGGGAUUUCACUGGAAAGUUCUCCCAAAGUUUCAAAUCUAAGCCUGGGAAAUAUGAAGACUACUUGAAUUUCAUUCAUGAAGUUGGCGAAAUCUGCGGUUUCGAUGUACUAAAAGAUAUCUUGAGAAUUCCAUCAACUAGAAGAACCUGCUUCAUAGGACUCGCCGAACACGACGGUGUUACCAGGAAGAUGAGUAACCAGGAAAGAUUGAUGAAGAUGGAAAGUUACAUCACGUCCAGGAAAAGAGCGUCCAACAACAGUAGCACGGACGCAGAUUUCAAACCGCGCGAUUCCGUCGAAAAAGUCAAAAAUGCCGCAGCGAUCGAUCGUAAAUUGAUUGAACGUAUCUGGAUGACUACUCUGAAUGAAUUGCUGAAGACGAACAAUUACGUGCCUACUGAUGGGACGGAAUCCAAAAAGUGGAAUAGAGGAGGAACUUUGAGUUUGUCGAAAUUAAGUGAGCAGUUCAGCAAAGAUGAGUUGAAUGUUCUAAAAUCGGAAUGCGGUGGUCUUCAAACUGUUCUUAAGAACUGCCCAGACGUUUUUGCAAGUUCAGAUUGGUCGUCUGCAGAGUUUGCUGAAUAUAUAAAAUGGCGGCAAAAUAAAAACUCGACAACAAAUGUCCUAAAAAUUCAAAGAGAUCAGACUCGAAAGACGAAAAUAUGUUUUUAUUACGAACAUCACCCUGAUGGUUGCCCUCUUUCAAAUGCUCAUCAUUGCAGAUUUGCUCACGGUUCUUCUGAUCUUAGUUUAAAUAACUGA